AAAGGCGGAGCUGGGGGAGGGCGACAGGUCUUUGCGCUCCCUAGCCCUCCGUCCACGCAGUACUCCGAGGGCCAGCGCCACCACCCCUUCUACAGCCAGCACCAUGCGCGAGAUCGUGCACAUCCAGGCGGGCCAGUGCGGCAACCAGAUCGGCGCUAAGUUUUGGGAGGUGAUAAGCGAUGAGCAUGGCAUCGACCCCACCGGCAGUUACCAUGGCGACAGUGACUUGCAGCUGGAGAGAAUCAAUGUGUACUACAAUGAAGCUGCUGGCAACAAAUAUGUACCUCGGGCCAUCCUGGUGGACCUGGAGCCGGGCACCAUGGACUCAGUGAGGUCGGGACCCUUCGGCCAGAUCUUCAGGCCAGACAACUUUGUGUUUGGCCAGAGCGGUGCAGGAAAUAACUGGGCCAAGGGCCACUACACAGAAGGUGCCGAGCUGGUGGACUCUGUCCUGGAUGUGGUGAGGAAGGAGUCCGAAAGCUGUGACUGUCUCCAGGGCUUCCAGCUCACCCACUCACUGGGGGGAGGCACCGGCUCAGGCAUGGGGACCCUGCUCAUCAGCAAGAUCCGAGAGGAGUACCCAGACCGAAUCAUGAACACCUUCAGCGUCAUGCCCUCACCCAAGGUCUCUGACACCGUGGUGGAACCCUACAACGCCACCCUCUCCGUGCACCAGCUGGUGGAGAACACAGAUGAAACCUAUUCUAUCGACAACGAGGCUCUGUAUGACAUCUGCUUCCGCACUCUCAAGCUGACCACACCCACCUAUGGCGAUCUCAACCACCUGGUGUCAGCCACCAUGAGCGGGGUGACCACCUGCCUGCGCUUCCCAGGCCAGCUGAACGCAGACCUUCGCAAGCUGGCUGUGAACAUGGUGCCCUUCCCGCGCCUGCACUUCUUCAUGCCAGGCUUCGCACCUCUGACCAGCAGGGGCAGCCAGCAGUACCGAGCCCUGACAGUGCCCGAGCUCACCCAGCAGAUGUUCGACUCCAAGAACAUGAUGGCCGCCUGCGACCCCCGCCAUGGCCGCUACCUGACCGUGGCCGCCAUUUUCCGGGGCCGCAUGUCCAUGAAGGAGGUGGAUGAGCAGAUGCUCAACGUGCAGAACAAGAACAGCAGCUACUUCGUGGAGUGGAUCCCCAACAACGUCAAGACGGCCGUGUGUGACAUCCCUCCUCGAGGCCUCAAGAUGUCAGCCACCUUCAUUGGCAACAGCACGGCCAUCCAGGAGCUGUUCAAGCGCAUCUCGGAGCAGUUCACCGCCAUGUUCCGGCGCAAGGCUUUCCUGCACUGGUACACGGGCGAGGGCAUGGACGAGAUGGAGUUCACCGAGGCGGAGAGCAACAUGAAUGACCUGGUGUCUGAGUACCAGCAGUACCAGGAUGCCACAGCUGAUGAGCAGGGCGAGUUCGAGGAGGAGGAGGGCGAGGAUGAGGCUUAAGAACUUCUCAGAUACAUUGUGCACCUUUAGUGAACUUCUGUUGUCCUUCAGCAUGGUCUUUCUAUUUGUAAAUUAUGGUGCUCAGUUUGCCUCUAUCAGAAAUUCACUGUUGACGUUAUAGUUUGAACCUCCUUUCAAGAUUACAGUAUUGUCUAAGAAAUCUAUACUAAUAAAAAAGCAUGUCUAUAAAA